AUGCUGCGGCUGCUGGUGGCCAGCGCCCACAUCCCCGGGGCCACCGGCUCCGGUCCCGGUGUGCACGUGUCUGCCCGCUUCAGAGGCGUCCCCAGGAGCACCCGGGUGGUGCCGGAGGAGCGCAGCCCCACUUGGAAUGAGACGCUGGCAUGGCCACUGGGCACGCGUCCCCUGCACCCCACGGCCAGCCUGACCCUGCGCCUCCGGCACUGGGGCCAGCCAGCACCCCGGGGGGACCUGGGUGCCACCACGGUGUCACUGGACCGGUUGAUGGCCAACCCCGGGCUGCCGCUGGCCCUCAGCCACGUCCCGCUGCUGGACCCACGGGGACAGGCCACGGGGUGCACCGUCACCCUCCGCUGCUCCUACGUCCCCCGUGGCACGGCCGGGGACGCCACGGUCCCCCUGCAAGGACCGGUGCCACCGCCGGCAGCGUCACCGGCAACAGCCCACCGCCCCGGCGAGCCCCCGGCAGGGAGGAAAGAGGAUUUCCAGGUACGGGUGAGGAUCAUCGAAGGCCACCAGCUCCAGGGCAAUGACAUCAAGCCAGUGGUGACGGUCCUCAUCGGCCAGCACCGCUUCAGGACCAGGAUCCGAGCUGGGAACAAUCCCUACUACAACGAGGUGUUUUGCCAAAAUUUCCACCGGAUGCCCGCCCAGCUGGCGGCGGAACCCAUCCGCAUCCAGGUGCUGGACUCACGGGCCACCCGUGCCGAAGCCGUCAUCGGCGUCUUCCAGCUGGACGUCGGCACCGUCUACCGCGCACCGGGACGCAGCUUGAGCUGGAAGUGGCUGAGCCUGCAGCAUCCGAAUCGCCCCGACGCCGGGUCCCGGGGUUACCUCCGCGUCAGCCUGGCUGUCCUCCGCGCCGGCGAGCCGGUGCCAGAGCAGGAGGAGCCGGCGCGGGACGAGGACGUAGAGGCCAACCUGCUGCAGCCACCGCCGUGUGCUGCCACGCUCCAGCUCCGCGUCUACCGCGCCGAGGACCUGCCACAGGCAGAACCGGCUCGGCAAUGCCUUCCCUCGGUGCUACCGGCUGGCGGCAAGAGGGGCUUCCUGGCAGCAGCGGUGCGGGUCGCCUUUGCCGGCAGGACGCUCUGCACCCGGGUGAUGCCCCCCGACGCCAACCCAACGUGGAACGAGGUCUUCUUCUUCCCUCUGCGGUUGCCCCCCAUCUGUGAUGAGAUCCAGCUGGCCAUCCUCAGCGGGUCCCGCAGCAGCAAAGUCCUGGGCACCGCCACCCUCCACCUCUCCCAAAUCUCCUCUGCCGGUGCCGAGCUUGAGGAGGGGACCCCCGGCUUCUCACCCUGCUUCGGACCCAGCUUCCUCCCCUUCUACGGUCCCCGGCCAGAUCCUGCCAGAACACCCAGUACUGACACCGGGCUGGCUUAUCGGGGUCGGGUGCUGCUGGAGCUCAGCACCCACAUGGGGACCCCGGACGGGCGCCAGCGAGACACCAUCGCCCCUGAGGACAUCGCCCGGGCACAGCGCCACUUGCCCCGCCGCCAAUUCGGGUUGUGCGGGGUCUUUUAUUCGGCCACCAUGGUGCCAGCCAGCCCCGAGCUCCUGCGCUUUGAGCUCAGUCUCGGCAAUUACGGGGACAUGGGCGAUGUCACCUGCAAGCCGGCUGCUUCCGUCACCCCACACGGUUGUCCCCUCUUCGAUGGCAACCGCUAUCACUACCUGCCGUGGUACGGUGACAAGCCGGUGGCAGCUGUCACCUCAUCCUGGGAGGACGCCGGUCACCGCUGGGAUACCCUAAACCUCCUGCGUGCCAUGUGCCGGCGAUUGGAGAGGAACGUGACGGAGCUGCAGGACGCCCGGGGGGACGCCGGGGGGGACAUCGGCAGGAGGCUGCUGCGUCAGCUGGCGCAGGACUGCAGGCGGGCACUGCCCCAGCUGGAGGCGCAGCCCACCCCCACGCCACUGGAUGCCCACCUCCGGGCCGCCCGUCUUCACCUCCUCCGGCGCGUGGCUGCGGCAGCGGCGGUGCCACCGAGAGCCGGCUGGGACACGUUGCUGCCGGUGGCCGAGGGAUGGCUGCGACGUGUGGUUGCCUUGGCUGUCGAGCCGCAGGCCGGCGUGCCUGACGUGCUGCUGUGGCUGCUGCAGGGGGAGCGGCGGGUGGCCUGUGCCCGCGUCCCCGCGACCGACCUCAUGUUCUCCCGGAGUGGCCCCAGCGCCUGUGGCAGGCUCUGCGGCCGGAUCCAGACCCUCUUCCUGGUGGGCUCUGGGGACAUCCGUGCCCAGCUCCGGCUCCGUCUGUGGCUGGGACGGGUGGCCGACAGCGGGGACCUGCCACGGCACCUCGAGGGCACCCUGCGCGUCUACGCCGAGACGUAUGAAAACCAGACCAAGCUGUUGGGCAAGUGGGGUUCCCGGGGAUUGCUGGGGCGCCCCGGCUUCUCUGACAGCACCGGCAAAGCGGGGCUCCCCCGCCACAAGAUCCGUCCCCCCAGGGGCUGGCGUUGGGACGGACCCUGGACCGUGGAGCCCCAGCGGCGGCUGCUGCUGGACACAGAGACCAACGUGGGCGAGGUGCUGGAGGAGGUCUACGAGAACGAGAGCCGGCAGCUCAGCGGGGAGUGGGGACCCGCCGCCGUGGCCAGCACUGACGUGAGUGGCGCGGCGGUGCCGCCUAAGGAGGAGGUGGCGUGUCCCCAAGGCUGGCACGUCACUGAUGGCUGGCGGGUGGACGUGACGGGGGCCGUGGAUGAGGCCGGUUGGGAGUACGGGGUGAGCGCAGCCCCCGGCAGCCCCCCACCGGCAUGGCACGCCGUCGAGAAGACCUACCACACGCACCGGCGUCGGCGCUGGCUGCGCACCCGCCGCAGGGACCCUGGCGCCCAGGGACGGGAGCAGGAUGUGGCCACCUUCCUCCGGCUGGUCGGGGCGGGCACGGAGGACCCGGCCGAGGAGGACAAGCCGGCUGCGGCAGAGCGGCAGUUGCGGAGCUCGAUCCGGACCCCCCCGCAGCAGCCCAUGCCCCUCAUCCUCUGCAUCUUCCAGCGACCCAACUUCUUCCAGCUCCGCUGCUACAUCUUCCAGGCGCUGGAGCUAGCACCCCCCAGCACCAAGGCCACCGCAGACCCCAUCGCCCACGUCUCCUUCGUGCACGUCAGCCAGAGCACCCGGGUGCUGCCCGGCACCCUGGACCCACUCUGGGACCAAACGCUGCUUUUUCACCGGGUGCUGCUGUACGGGGACCCCCGGGGUGUCCAGGAUGAGCCCCCCGCCGUGGUGGUGGAGGUCUUCGACCAGGAUGGAGGGGGUGCCGGUGGUUUCCUGGGGAGGAGUGUGUGCACCCCAGAUGUUUGGCUGGACGUGGGACGCCGGCGGCCCCCCCGGCUUCGGCGUUACUCCCUGGGGGGGCCGGGGGGGCUGGCCGGGGAGCUGCUGGCCACCUUUGAGCUGCUGCACGACGCCGAGGAUGGGUCCUUGGCACAGGUCAGCACCCCGCCGUGGAGGCAGGGGGUCUUCAGCGUCCCCCUGGGCAUCCGGCCCCUCCUGCGGCUGGUGGCACUGGAGGUGCUGGCAUGGGGGCUGCGGGGGCUGCGCAGUGGCGUGCAAGCACCCAGCCUGGAGGUACAGUGCGGGGGCCGGACCCUGCGGACCCCCACCAUCACCGACCUCGCCACCAAUCCCAAUUUCCCCAUCAACGCCUUCCUGCUCACGCUGCACUUGCCGGCGGAGGAGGAAUACGUGCCCCCCAUCCGGCUGCGGGUGACGGACACGCGAGAUUUUGGGUACCGGCCUGAGGUGGGGCAGGCUUGCGUGCGGAGCCUGGGGCAGUACUUCUGCCAGCCCCACGGCGAGGGGCAGCCCCCCGGGCCUGGAACGCCCCCAUACUGCCCAGGACCACCACUGAGAAAGGCGCUGCAGACAAGGUGGGCACGGGAACGGGGCCACCGCGGCCACCGCGGCCGCCUGUCCCCAACUCAUCCUGCUCCCCACCAGGCUGCGGAGGAGGAGGAGGAUGAAGAUGAGGAUGACUGGUGGAGCAAAUUCUAUGCGCCCACAGGGGACAAAGCGAAGAGCCGGCGGGGGACCAACAGGGACAGACUGAAGAUCUACAGCUGUGAGCUGGAGGCAGUGCCCGAAUUCGAGGGGCUGCAGGAUUUCUGCCAGACCUUCCCGCUCUACCAGCCAGGGGGUCACCCCGCGGCGGGGGAGGACCCCGUGCCUGUGGGCGAGUUCAAGGGGCUUUUCCGAAUCUACCCCCUGCCCGAGGACCCCGGGGUGCCCCCGCCACCCCGCCACUUCCAGGAGCUGCCCCCCAGCCAACCCCAAAAGUGCCUGGUGCGGGUCUACGUCGUCCGAGCCUUCGACCUGCCACCCCGCGACAGGAACGGGCUAUGUGACCCCUAUGUCCGUGUCUCACUGGGGGCAAAGACGCUGGGCCAGCGGGACCAGUACGUGCCCAACACCCUGGAGCCCGUUUUUGGCAGGCUGUUCGAGGUGACGGGCACCAUCCCGCUGGAGAAGGACCUGCGGGUCUCGCUGCUAGAUUACGACCUGCUGCCACCCGACCAGGAGAUCGGCACCACCACCAUCGACCUGGAGAACCGCCUGCUCUCCCGCUUCCGUGCCCACUGCGGGCUGCCCGCCCUCUAUCGCACCAGCGGCCCUGGGCGCUGGAGGGACCAGCUCCCCCCCAGCCGGGCACUGGAGCAUUUUGCCCGCACUCGAGGGCUGCCGGCACCCGAGUUCAACGCCGAUGGCACCACGGUCACCUUCGGGGAUCACACCUUCCUCCUCAGCCACUUUGAGAGCGGCCCCCCCGUGCACCAGCAUCUCGGGGUGCCCCGCGAGCGCCUGGCCCUGCACGUACUCCGUGCCUGUCGCCUCGUCCCCGAGCACCUCGAAACCCGCACCCUCUACAGCAGCACCCAGCCCGGGCUGGAGCAGGGCAAGGUGCAGAUGUGGGUGGACAUCUUCCCCGCCAGCCUCGGGCCCCCCGGGCCCCCCGUCGACAUCACCCCCCGCAAGCCCCAGAGGUACGAGCUGCGCUGCGUGGUCUGGAACACGCGGGACGUGGACCUGGGGGACACCAACUUGGCGGGACAGCGGAUGAGUGAUAUCUACGUGACUGGGUGGCUGGACGGGCUGGAGGAGCAGCGGCAGAGGACGGACGUGCAUUACCGCUCGCUGCAGGGGGACGGGGGCUUCAACUGGCGUUUUGUCUUUUCCUUUGAGUAUUUGGCAGCCGAGCAGCUCUGCGUCCUGCCCAGGAAGGAGCAUUUCUGGAGCCUGGAUGAGACGGUGCUGAAGGUGCCCCCCAAGCUCAUCCUCCAAGUGUGGGACAACGAUAAGUUUUCGGCCGAUGAUUUUCUGGGUGUCCUGGAGCUGGAGCUCACCAGGCUGCCGCAGCCGGCCCAGCACCCCCAGAACUGCACCCCGAUAGGGCAGGGGACCCCCCAAAGCCCCUGGCCCUGGCGGGGGGCGCAGGCCCCCUCCCGGCUGUCCCUUUUCCGGCAGAGACGGGUGAGGGGGUGGUGGCCCUGCACGGUGCAAGAGGGCAGCAAGCGGCGACUCUCGUGGUCCUUCCUCUGGCUGCAGGCACCCCUGCGCAGCCUGCGCUAUGGCAUCUGGCGACAACACCGCUGCCGGAUCAGCCUGGGGCUGGCACUGCUGCUGCUCCUCGCCCUGCUCCUCACCUUCAUCUACGCCGCCCCGGGUUAUUUGGCCAUGAAGGUGGUUAACCCUCUCCAGAGCUUGCAGCUUGCCGGCGGUGAGCAUCCCGCGGGCGGUGCCGGCAAGCCCUGA